AUCUAGGCCCGUAACAGAAUUGUUAUAGCGAAUACACACUUUAAUGGAGUACACGCUAUACGAUGGAGAACAUGUCGAAAACAAGUACGAAAGAAGAACUGUAAAUAUUAUUAUUUUGGAGAAUAGAUUAUGUUGAACACACGUGUCCUCAGUUUUUAACAUUGGCGACGAGAAAUUAUAUUUUUAACGAAAGAUCCUAAACAACAACAGAAAUUUACUUCAUUCUCAGAAGAAAUUAAUCUUGGUGUAAUUCGUGUGUAUUACAAACUAUGGCUAUUUCAACUUUAAACCUUCCAACUUUUCCAAAGUUUGAUACGGAUGAUUUUACUACAAUCUCAACUCGAUGGGAAAAAUAUAAGAAACGUUUUUUAAACUUGUGCGUCGCUCUGAACGUUGAAGAAGACAAGCAGAAAUUAGCCUUAUUGCUUAAUUACAUUGGUGAAGAGGCGUAUGACAUAUACGACAAUCUUUUAGUACCAGGUACAGAUGAAACGUUUGCAAACGCCAUUACAAUAUUUGAUGGAUAUUUUUCACCUAAGAAAAACAUCGAUUAUGAAGUGUAUGCAUUUAGAAAACUAAAACAACACCCCAACGAAAACAUUCAUCAGUUUUACAUACGGUUGAAACAGCAGGCGAAUAAAUGUGACUUUGGAACAAAUUUGGACAAAGAGCUUAAACAACAAAUUGUGUUAUCUACUCAUAACAGCAAAAUUCGUAAACACGCAUUUAAGAAUACAGCAAUUAGUUUAGCAGACUUAUUGAUUUAUGGAAAACAUUUGGAGGAUGCAGAUCAACAAGCCGAUGAUGUAGAGCGUUCGAUGAAUCCACAGGAAGAAAUUAACCGACUUACAAAGAAACUGGAAACACUCAGAGGGGAAGAUGUUAUAGCGAAUACACACUUUAAUGGAGUACACGCUAUACGAUGGAGAACAUGUCGAAAACAAGUACGAAAGAAGAACUGUAAAUAUUAUUAUUUUGGAGAAUAGAUUAUGUUGAACACACGUGUCCUCAGUUUUUAACAAGAAUUAAUUAAUUGCUGUGAUCUGAUUGAUUGAUUUUGAUCCUGUAAUUAUAUCCACAACUAAUAAAUAGCCAAAGAUGAUUACGAUCAUUGCCCGUCGAUGACAGCUGUCGAAACGUAGUCUAGAAUAAACUCGCUUGUUUAUGACAUGUAAUAUCUAUAUUAUUCAAUGACUGAGCAGAUAAGUGGUAAUACUUUUAAAAUGUAUUUGACAAGGCUUUUAAAUGAAUUUGCAACAGAAUUAAACAUGGGGCACGUAAAGAUUGCGAAGAGAUCCAUUAAAAAGCACUUCUUACUUUGAAUUUUAACACUCCUCCUUCCCUCUCCAACUAUAACUAAGUUACCGCCUGCCUGUCAUCCAAGCCAUUAGCGGUCAGUAAAUCGUUCAUGGGCUGAAAUACAAAUUUAAAGUACGUCGAAGUGGGGACGCAAACCUAAAAUCUUAUGAUUAAAGCCGAAUCCGCUACCACUAAACAAUCUCAGCUUUCGGAAAAGAUCUAUGAAACAACCACCACAUCGUAGUGAACUUUCCUUUUGUGAAAAUAUUUAGGUGUACAUUACAAAUUGGAAUAUUAAUUCCAAAUUAUUCACGAUACCUGGACUUGCGUAAAUUAUUGAUUUUUCUCAGUAUCAACAGCGUAAAUAUGUUGUCUUCUUUGAACUAUAUAUUUGUAGUGUAAAUUUAUCCUAUAGAAUUGGUUAUACGUUUUUAUAGUGAAAGUUAUAUUUCUAUAGUUGUUAAAUAUACUAAAUAUAG